GAUCAGGGAAUGUACUUCUGUGGAGUGAAAGAUGAAAACACCUUGAACUUUAUUACCAGCGCUUUAAUAGACGUGACAGGAUAUCCUCAGCUAAACGUUUCAGUGGACGAGACUCCAGUACCGGGAUCAGUUUCUCCAGCAGAUCCGGUGAUUCUACAGUGCUCAGUCCUCUCUGAGAUCAGAUCAGCAGAACUGAGAGUGUUCUGGUUCAGAUCUGCUGCAGGAUCAUCCUUUCCUGAAAUCAUCUUCACUCAUCACAACAGCAGUCAGCCCGGAACACACCGCUGCGUUUACAACUUCUCCCCCAACAUCACCAACAACAGCCACGCCCACUACUGCGCCAUGGCCACCUGCUGGAGACUCCUACCAUACAGAUCACCUGCUGACCUCACCAAGUCUGCCCAGAACACUGUGUUCUACCUGUGGCCGGCACUGGGAGUGUGUAUCACUGUGAUCUUUGCUCAAAUCCUUGUGAUCUGCAUAACAACAAAGUGUGACCACUGCAGCGAGUCAGCAGCAGAGCUAAUCCCCAAUCAGGACCUCGCUGCUGCAGAGCGGACCUACGCUGCCAAGCAGCCGAGAGUGACGAGUGGAAACAGCGUGCACUGUGAACUGGAAUACUUUAUGGUGACUGAUAUGAGAGUGUGAUAUGAGGCCACAGUGUCAGAGGGUGUGAUCAGACUGAUGGUGUCUGAUGUUACACCCACAUGGACGACUGGUCACUGUUUUUCUGUUUUAUUUUAUUAUUAUCUGUGUGAAAAAAGCAACAGGUCAGUUUGUUAAACUAAAGCUGUGAUCACACUUUAUCAGAACUGAGACUUCAUUAGAAAACAACUAGACUCCACCUAAGAAUAAACACUGCAUCUUAUCAGAUCAGAUCAGAAUGACCCACCACCCAAUAAUAGCUGCUCUGUGGUGGUCUCUCCUGUGGGGUCCUAAUCGUUGAAGAACAGGGUGAAAGGAGAAUAAUAAUAAAGUAUGCAAAGAAACAGAUUGUAAUAUUAGAACUACAAAUAUAGUGUCAUCUAUGAUCAUUAGUAGCAUCUUAAAAAGUGAACAGUAAAUAGCCCUAUUUGAGUAAUGUUUUAAUCCAUAUUAUGGCAAUAACUUCUCCACUAAGUAAAGAAAAAUAAUUAUUUUAAGAAAUGAGGGUUAGUCAAUCCUAUAAAAAUUCAAAUUUUAAAGGAUCCUUAAGUGCAGUCACAAAGACCAUCAAAAAUAUUAUGAUGAAACUGGCACUCAUCAGGACCACCCCUGGAAAAGAAAGACCAAGAGUUAUCUCUGUUGCACAGGAUAAGUUCAUCAGAGUUCCCAGCAUCAGAAACCGCAAGUUAACAGCAUCCCAGAUACUGUAAGAGCCACCUAAAUGAGUAUUUUUGUUUGUUUAACAUUUUUAAGUUUAAUACUGUAGAUGAUUCAUUAUGUGUUCCUUCAUAGUCUGGAUAACUUCAGUAUUCAUUUACAAUGUAUGGAAAAUGCGUGUCCAAACUUUUGACUGGUACUGUAUGUAGAUGUAGUAUCUCUUCCAUGGGAUCAGUAAACAAUUUCACACAUAUUUUCAAAAGCAAAUGCCAGUAUAAAAAAUA